CAGCCCACCAUGUCGAGUCAAGCCGGUUGGAACUCGGUGACGGGCAUCGCCACCAAGCUGCUCGAUGGCAGCCCCCUAGCCAUCGCCAUUGCGAUCCUCAUCGCCUUCGGUGUCCCGGUGUUUCUGCACAUCGUCUUCUACCGCGCUGCAGCGUCGCCGCCCUCUAGCAACUUUCUUCUCCUGGGCCCCAGCGGAGCUGGCAAAACGGCCUUUACGACUUUGUUGGAAGCCAAGUCCUCGCCGGCUUCGAAGAAGUCGCAACUCACCCACACUUCUCAGGCGUCGACGCUGGUCUCCGUCAGCCUGCCGCCCACUGUCCCCACGGCCUCGAACCGAUAUCGCUCUGUCAAUGACCCUUCGUUGAAAGAUGCCUCGCGGAACCCGAUCAGGUACUGCCUAAAGGAUACCCCCGGCCACGGAAAACUGCGUACCUCUCAGGGUAUCUCGGAGCUUCAGUCCAUGUCCUCGUCCAAGGACGUGAAGACAAAGAUCCGGGGUCUGCUCUUCAUGGUUGACACCGCGGCCCUAGUGGACGAAGCCUGUCUACGGGAUGCUGCAUCCUACCUUCACGACGUUCUGCUGGUUCUUCAGAAGCGAUCAAUGGGCAAGGGCAAGUCUUCUACCAAGCGAGAGGCCGAAAUCCCCGUCCUUAUUGCCGCAAACAAACAGGAUUUGUUCACCUCUCUGCCACCUGGGUCGGUGCGAGAGAAGCUUGAAGCCGAGAUUGAUCGAAUUCGCAAAUCCAAGACCAAGGGUCUUAUGGAUGCUAGCAUGGACACCGGACUGGAGACCGAGGAAGAUGUGCUGGGCGAUGACGAUGCCCAGGGUGUUUUCACCUUCAAGUUGCUUGAACAAGUGGGAAUCAAGGUUGAUGUGGUUGGGGGUGCUGUCAAGGGUGACCCGCAGGAAGAGUUUGGAUCCGGCGUUCGUCGCUGGGAAGAGUGGAUUGGCAUGUGUCUGUGA